CUGUGACAAGAAAUUCGACAACACCUCACCAUCCACCAUGUCGCACCGAAAGUUCGAAGCGCCUCGUCAUGGCUCGCUGGCUUUCUUGCCACGCAAGCGCGCUGCCCGCCACAGAGGAAAGGUCAAGAGCUUCCCUAAGGACGACCCCAAGCAGAAGUGCCACUUGACCGCCACCAUGGGCUACAAGGCCGGCAUGACCACCAUUGUCCGCGACCUCGACCGUCCUGGCGCGAAGUUGCACAAGAAGGAGAUCGUCGAGGCAUGCACUGUCAUCGAAACUCCUCCGAUAAUCGUCGUUGGUUUGGUGGGAUACAUCGAGACUCCUCGCGGCCUCCGCUCGUUGACUACUGUCUGGGCUGAGCACCUGUCGGACGAGGUCAAGCGCCGCUUCUACAAGAACUGGUACAAGAGCAAGAAGAAGGCCUUCACCAAGUACGCCAAGAAGCACGCCGAGGAGAGCGGCAAGAGCAUCACCCGCGACCUCGAGCGCAUCAAGAAGUACUGCACCGUCGUGCGUGUACUCGCCCACACCCAGAUUUCCAAGACCCCUCUCAAGCAGAAGAAGGCCCACCUGAUGGAGAUCCAGGUCAACGGUGGCUCCAUCGCUGACAAGGUCGAAUUCGGCCACGGCCUCUUCGAGAAGCCUGUGGAGAUUGACUCCGUCUUUGAGCAGGACGAGAUGAUCGACUGCAUCGCCGUCACCAAGGGUCACGGAUACCAGGGUGUCACCAGCCGUUGGGGCACCAAGAAGCUGCCGCGUAAGACACACAAGGGUCUCCGCAAGGUCGCUUGUAUCGGUGCAUGGCAUCCUUCCCACGUGCAAUGGACUGUUGCCCGUGCUGGUCAAAUGGGUUACCACCACCGUACCUCUGUCAACCACAAGGUGUACCGCAUUGGCAAGGGCUCCGACGAUGGCAACGCCACUACCGACUUUGACCACAGCAAGAAGCAGAUUACACCUAUGGGUGGCUUCGUUCGCUACGGUGAGGUCAAGAACGACUUCGUACUCCUCAAGGGCUCUGUUCCUGGUGUCAAGAAGCGAGUCAUGACCCUCCGCAAGUCCAUGUUCAUCCACACCUCCCGCCGUGCACUCGAGAAGGUCGAGCUCAAAUGGAUCGAUACCUCGUCCAAGUUCGGUCACGGUGCUUACCAGACACCUUCCGAGAAGAAGCAAUUUAUCGGUACACUCAAGAAGGACUUGACUGCUGCCGCAUAAUCGUCUGUUAGCGUCACGAAAAAAGGCUGGUAUUGGCGUUCUUACGGUCCUGUCAGAGUUCGGCGAAGGCUCACAGGACUGUAUCGGCUUGCAGGGUAGUUUGUUCAAAUGAUACCAAAACAACGUUCUGCCUGUCGCUCACAUUUUCCUUUUUGUUUCCCUGACUCGUAUCUAAAUGUAUGUAUUCCUCAGUAGUCGCUCUCAGCGGUCAGACGCACGUGGAAGACCUGAGGCGUGGGCAUAGACACCUCGCCAUCGGCAACUCCCGUCACUUUGAGUGAAUUGAGUACAUUAGUAUGCCGAAUUGGCAAAAC